UACUGAGUACAGUACUGUGCGCCAGUUAUCCGCCCGAUGCCCUUAUUAGGAGGAAAGGCCCUAAACCUCCCCUUCGAUGAGGAAAUCAGAUCAUAAAUAUCCUCCCCGCCACCCACCCGCACCCAGAGGUGGUUUAAGCGUGCAAGAGGCGGCCUGAGGCGUCCUCCCGGGAGCUGCCUCAGGACCCAGCCUCUCUCUCCAAAAAGCCGCUCCCUUCGACCGUCUCGGCACCUGCUCGAACUUGAGCGGCUCUUUGCUUUAUGAACAGCGAGGGCUCCUCCGUCGUCUCCGGACAGCCCCGAACGAGGAGAGUCGUGGGGAAGGUUUGAGAGAGAGAAAGAAAAGAGUUCACAGGACCAGCGAAACCGCGCCUUUGGAGGAAGAGGCGGCAGCAGCAGCCGCCAUCGCGCGGAUUUUCACUUUCGCUACUUCGAGCGGCCGGGACGCCGGGACGACGCGACGGCCAUGUGGGGACUGUUCUGGGCUCUGCUCCUGCUUCUUCGGUUGGAGCUUCCGCUCGGGGCCUCGCCAGGGGUGCAGUGAGGAAAGCAACUUAACUUGGCAAAAUGUGCACUAAGCGAUCUGCUUUGGUUCAGUAUCUGUGAUCACACAUGCCAGAACGGAACCAAAAUGGAAUGAUCCUGCCUGCACUUAAAAAAGAACAACAACACACACACCAACUAGUAGCCUCUACGAGGGACCCAAAUAGAAGAACAGUGUCAUCAGAAUACCAUCGGUGGCAUUGAAGGAAAAGAUAUUGCUUUACACCCAAAUGUUAGUGGCUCGCCAGCAGAGAUUACCUGGAUGAAAGACAGAAAUAUAGUGGCUACGUCAAUUGAUGGUUUUCCAACAAAGAACAAUUUAGAGCUUAUCGUUAAUAAUGGUAGUUUGAUUCUCCACAACCUGUCACUGAAAGAUGUUGGAUGUUACAAAGCUGAAAUUGAAGUUAAAGAUGAAGUAACAGAAACAUUUUUUGGUUUGAAAGUAUUAGUACCACCUAGUUUAACCUGCUCUACCAAUGAUAGCAUCCAAAUAAGCUGCAAUCUGCCCACCAACAUGCUGGAUCUGUCACCAUCAUAUGAGUGGAAAGGCUUUGAAAAAGAUGAAAUUAUUCAUUCUAAUUGGUCUUUUGUGCAACUUCACAAAAACAUAGACCCUUCUAAGAAAAUCACGUGCAUCAUUACUGCUUUCAAUGUAAAUGUGAGCAACUCCAUCAAUUUGAAUGAAUGUAUCCGGAAAGAUCAUCAGAUUGGAGGUAGAAGUAGAAUUCAGAUUCUCUUGGCUGUAAUCAUUGUAGCGCUGGUGGUAAUAGGAAGUUACAUUUACCUAAUAAAAGCCACUGCUCAGAAUGAAGGAGGAAUCUGUCCAAAUGCAAAGUAUGAUCCUAUGCCAUCUCCAGAAGGAGGAAACAUAAGUGAUAAUCAGCCAGAUGUUAACCUAGACUCAGCUGAGAACUUGGAAGGAAGCAGAGAGGAAUCGUCUCCACCAGAAAGUUGAGAACAAAAAGGAGAAUUCCAGGGUUGGAACUGAGGAACUUUGCAAAGCAACACACUUGUUUCGUUCCAGCCGUCUGCUCUUGGCACACAUGUGCAGCGCUUCAGGAGUAAUGGCCUACAGAGGGACUCAUCCAUGGGUGAACCAUAUCAUCUUCUUAUGAGUGGCCUAGCAGUAUUCAUGCUUAUCUCCUCAAAAAAGACACUCAUGUUUUGCACUGAAAACUGAAAAAGGGGAUUUUUGCACUGAAAAGGUGGAUAUUUUCUCAAACACCUGUUUUUAUAUGUAAUACUUUAAAACAUUUUACAUUUA